AUGGAGCGCACGGGUGAGCCGAUGAGGGAGCAGAAGCCGCCGUACUACGCCACGGUGUCCCUCGGCGGCCACCGGGAGAAGACGCAGCCGGACGCCGACGGCGGCGAGAGCCCGGACUGGGACGACGCGGUGUUCGCCUUCGACCUCGACGGGUAUGGCGCGCAGCAGCAGCUGGUGGUGGUGGAGUUCGAGGUCAAGGCGCAGCUCGCAGACCUCGCCGACGGAGCCAGACGGCGGGAUGAAGCAGACCACCGACAGGACGGGGACGUUGAACUCCACCUCCUCGAUGCUCCAGGCCUCCUCCAUCCGCGUCUUGGUGUUCAACGGCGAGCGCUCGAGGACGAGGCCGCCAUGAUGCUCCAGGACGAGGCUGCCAUGAGGGCCUCGAGCUCGCCGGCGGCCAUGGCCGCGGUGGAGUACGCCACUUGGGUGCUCGAUGAAAUGCCAAUAAGGAUAGAAAGUUGA